AGAAAACAGAAAUGGAAAUUCGUGUGAACUGUGCAUCGCCCCCAAAUCCAUCGUCCUUGAUGUUGAAAGCUUAGCUAGGGUUAGCAAGUCUCACGGGCCUAUUACGCCAGCAAGAUGCACAGACCGGCGAAGAGGUGCUCUCCGCCGUAGGAGCUCCCGCGACAAGCUGAAAUUGGCGUGCGCUUUGAAGUCUUUGUGCGCGGCGGCGCCAUUGCGACGGAGGAUCGGGAGCGACGGCCGCGGUUUUGCAGCUUCGGGGAAGGUGGACGCCUUCGUCGCCCAUCUGCCGAUCAGCCGGGGCAGAACGCUAAGAUCAGGUAGAUUGUGAAGGGCAGUGUUUGCUUAUACUGUUGGUCUAGAAUGGCAUUGGCACUUGACCCCGGCACCAACAGCACUUUCAAGGGUGUCACAGUGCAAGGCGCACAGGAUGGAGAUUGUUGCAUUACACCAAAGAGAAAGAGUAGCCUGGCAUUUUGUGAGUCGACUUAUGAGCUUAAGUGCGCAGAAAGUUCACAACCAAGAAUUGGCAUGGAAUUUGAUAGCUGGGAGGAUGGUAAGGCAUUCUAUGAACAGUAUGCUCAUGAGGUGGGUUUUUCGGUUCGAACAUACACACAACACAAAGGGGAAGGUGGUGUACCGGUGUGGAAGCGUUUCGUUUGUGCAAGGGAAGGCUGGAGGAAAAAGAAAGAUAUUAUUGUAAAUGGUCAAGUUAAGAAGCCUAAAAGGAAUGUCAAGCUUACUAGGUGUGGUUGUGAGGCCAUGAUUGGGUUCAAGAGAAGAGAUGACGGCAAGUAUGAGGUUGCCCGGUUUGUUGAGGCACACAAACAUCUUCUGGUCUCCCCAAGGAAGAAACAAUUCUUAAAAUCAAAUGUAGAAGUUGAUACGAGGAGGAGGCGUCAAAAUGCAUCGACGAAGCGAGAUUUGCGAAGCAACUACCAUGAGUUCAAGGUAAUAGUUGAAGAUACGGAUGCACAAACAAUUAUUGAUACUAUGAGAAGUAAGCAAAGGAUCGAUCCAUCUUUCUUCUUUGAUUACCAAAUAGAUGACAAGAACAAGCUGGCACAUAUUUUCUGGGCGGAUAGUACCUCUAGAAAGAACUAUGCACUAUUUGGGGAUGUAGUUUUCUUUGAUUCAACAUACCGUACCAAUCGUGAUGACCUAGUAUUUGCCCCUUUCACUGGAGUGAACCACCACAAUUCUUCUGUUACAUUUGGUGCUGCAUUUAUUGCAAAUGAGAAGAUUGAGUCAUACACAUGGUUGUUCAGAACAUUUCUGGAAGCAAUGGGAGGGGUUGCACCUAAACUAAUCAUUACCAAUGAGGACCUAUACGUGAAAUCUGCAAUUAGAGAUGCAUGUCCGAAUACUGUACAUAGGCUCUGUAUGUGGCAUAUCCUGAAUGAGCUACCAGUGAAAGUUGGUUGCGUUGAAAACAGCAAUGAGGAUCUUCAGAGUCAGCUCAGAGCAUGUGUGGAGAGGUCGGAGACUGCAGAUGAGUUUGACAGAAAGUGGUCUUCAGUAGUUUCAAUUUUUGGCCUAGAAAAUAACGCAUGGUUGACUAGUAGGUUUGAGAUUCGUCAAUCAUGGGUACCUGCGUACUUUCUAGGCACAUACCUUAGUGGAAUAUCUAAGAUUGCAUCGAGACCUGAGGGUGAGGGCACUUUCUUUGGUCACAUUAGCAACCGACGGCUCCCUAUGCUAGAGCUUUGGAUAAGAUUGGAAACUGAUUUAGGGGAACAGCGUCUAAAAGAGUUGCAGGAUGAUAACACCACACUUCAUACGCUCCCUGUAUUUGAGACAAGUUGGAGCAUUGAGAUGAAUGCUAGGGAUGUCUAUACUCAUGCAAUAUUUAACCUGUUUCAAGCUGAGGUGAUUUCUGCUAGGGACGAGUGUGAUGUACAAAAUAUAGAGCUAACUGGUGAAGUAAGAACCACGAGUAUUAGUGAUGGAAGUGGCAAGAUUAGAGAAGUGACCUACAACAGAUGUACUAAAGUCGCAGAAUGUUCAUGCAAAUUGUUUGAAUCUGUGGGAAUUCCGUGUUCUCACAUCGUCAUUGUUCUUAAGAGGGAAAAAUUCAGUGAAAUUCCUGCACAUUAUGUACUGGAAAGGUGGACUAAACUGGCUACACGAAAGGCAGUCCUCAAUGCCAAUGGCCAUGUCCUAGAAGGGCCGCGUACAUACCUUCCACCUGCCAUCAAUCAGUUAUGCUCCGAGACCUGCUCCAAGUUCAAUACAGGCUUGAUCGCCGCUAGACAGUGUGAGGAGAAAAUGAAAUAUCUGCACAGGGCUGUUGAUGAUGCUGUUGACCAUGUGGUUAAAAUGGGACAAGCCAGUGAUCAUAGUAAGGUUCAGGAGGUUGAGUCAUUUGCUGGAAUAACAUUUUCAGAAGAUAUCAACGUUCAUCCACCUGAUACAGCGGGCACACAGCAAAAUGACAGUAGGCUUUGGUGGGGUUUGUAGAAGUCAACCACCCAGUAAAGGAAGUUGUGCUGUUGAUUUUCAGGCAUAACUUUGAUGCAAUCGCGUGUCUAUGUAGGUUAAAGAGCACCAAGAAGGCGGAUAAGUAGCCAGGAGACCUGGAACAAGGCUCAUUUUGCAGAAGUGGUUGCGCUACUUGAUCGCUGUCAAUACUGAGUAGUGAGUACUUGUGUCCAAAAGUUUUGUAGCCACUGUUCUGAUGCUGUUUCCUGUAACUCCCGGUUCU